AAUGCGCAUGUGUACAGUCGAAUAACGAAAAGGUCGUACUCCACCCAUCGUUGAACCGCUCAUACUUCAAUUUGUCAGUGUCUUGAGCUUCUGCAAUGCGCGAAUACAAACUCGUGGUUUUGGGAUCAGGAGGAGUUGGAAAAUCAGCUCUGACUGUCCAGUUUGUGCAAGGGAUAUUUGUAGAGAAGUACGACCCGACGAUAGAGGACUCGUAUCGUAAGCAAGUAGAAGUAGACGGACAGCAGUGCAUGUUGGAGAUUCUGGACACUGCGGGAACGGAACAAUUUACGGCCAUGCGCGACUUGUACAUGAAGAAUGGACAAGGAUUUGUACUCGUUUAUUCUAUUACGUCGCAGUCGACGUUCAACGACCUUCAAGAUUUGCGCGAACAAAUUUUGCGGGUGAAAGACACCGAAGACGUUCCCAUGAUUCUUGUUGGUAAUAAGUGUGAUCUGGAGGAUGAACGUGUUGUGGGGAAGGACCAAGGACAGCAACUAGCAAGAAGCUGGAAUUGUGAAUUCCUGGAAACCUCAGCAAAGCAGAAGAUCAAUGUCAAUGAGAUAUUCCAUGACUUGGUUCGUCAAAUCAAUCGAAAGACUCCAGAGAACCCAAAGAAGAAAAAGAAGUCAAAGGGCUGCACUCUGUUGUAAACCUUGUAAUCUGGUUUCCUAUGCAGAAUUGCAUACAUAAGACUGAUGAUUUGAUAAGAGGUAGCAUGAAUACAUGCCAUCCAACAAGACAGUAUGCUUAUAUAAUACAAGUUGGAUGCAGGUUUGUCUGUUGAGUAUUUACACUUGGGAUUGAAAAUGAACAAAGGGCACAUAAUAGUUAUUUA